ACAAUUUUUGCAAUAAGAGGUAACUUCAUCCUAGUGUCUCAUCUUGAAGACGAGCUGUGAUGAAAAAAAAAUAUAAAGAAUUAAUACGGAAGGAUAUCUGAGUAGUGAGUAUUAGCCAAUGAAUUGGCACAUGGAUCCCCACCCUAUCUGUGCCUUUUCCUAUGUGUGUGAAUUUAAAUGAUAACUGAAGAAAACUAAGGAAGGAAGGAAGAGUGAGCGUGAAAGAUGCCUUGGGUGAGGCUUUCAGAGUCUCCAAGGCUCGACGUUGCUAUUGACAUGGGUAAUCCAUUUCUCAAUCUCACUGUUGAUGGUUUCCUUAAGAUCGGAGCUGUCGCAGCCACGCGAUCAGCUGCUGAAGAUACUUAUCAUAUUAUCCAAAAGGGGAAUAUCUCAAGUCGUGAUUUCGAGAAAACUUUGAAGAAGAUGUGUAAAGAAGGUGUAUAUUGGGGAACUAUAGCUGGCGUUUAUGUUGGAAUGGAAUAUGGGGUAGAGAGGAUCCGUGGCACCAGAGACUGGGUAAUUCUCUCCAGAGGGUGGUUGGACUUACACUUACCGUUUGCCCAACUACCAGCAUUUUAUACAAAGAAUGCCAUGAUUGGGGGUGCAGUAACUGGGGCCCUGGUAUCUGCAGCCAGCAACAACAAGAAAGACAAGAUUGCGAUAGAUGCCAUUACUGGGGCAGCAAUUGCUACUGCUGCAGAGUUUAUAAAUUACCUUACCUGAAUGAAUGAAAGUGGAUGUCUUGCUGGUUUUCUUGCAUGUUUUGGAAAGGGAUUGCACACUCAGUCUCUUUUGUCAUCAUCUGUACCGGUUCCGUCUUGAUAUUGGUGCAGUUACUUCUAAGAUAUUCUAUUUAUUUAACUUUCUAUAAAACCUAUGAUUUGAUAAAUUGUAUUGGCCAAUCGGUUUCUGCAUGUUAGUAGCUUUGCCUUGCAAUUUUGUUAAUGCAUGUUCAGUUCGAUUUAGUCUUUGGGUUUUGGAAUGAUGAAGGUUCUGGAUGGACAUGUUUUCAAAUUUAA